AUGGGGCUCCCGCUGUUCCCAACACCAACGUCAACCUCGUCAGCGUCCCCGACCUUGGGGUCCGUGGCUUCAGGGUCUCCUUCGACAUCAUCACCAUCAUCUUCUUAUCUUCCACAUUCACUUCAAUCCACCCCUUCUCUCCCCCCUCUCCCUCAUCAUUCCCAACAGCAGCCAUACCGUAUCCAAAAGCAGAGGUCCAAACCAGGACCGAAGCCCAAACCAAAAUUUAUCCCUUCUGUCUCCCCUACAAUCGCAGGAGAAGACGAUGAUUCUCCAGAAGUAAUUGACAAGCGAUUCAGGAAUAACCUUGCCGCUAAGAAGUACAGACAGAAGAAGGUUGAUCGGAUUUCGGAAUUGGAGUCAGCGUUGGCGGAUAUGACAAGGGAGAGAGAUGAGCUGAGGCUUUUGUUGGCGAGAAAGGAGGCUGAAGGUCAGGUUUUAAGGGAGGUUAUGGCGAAGUCGAAGGGAGGUAAUAGUUAG